AUGGACAGCAACAGCAGCGUGCUCAAGGACAAGUGGGCGCUGGACGCCAAGGCCCUCGACAAGGACAUCCAGAACCUUAACGUGGCGCUGGCGGAGCUCGACUCGGUCAAGCCCAAGAAGGCGACGUACGUCCAGCGCUGCAACGUCUUCUUCGUCCAGAAGCGCGAUGUGCUGGUCAAGGCCAAGAAAGCCGAGCUCGAGGCCAAGCAGGCCGAGCGCCACCGCGUCGGGCUUGCACUGCGCAACGCCGCCGAGUGA